AUGUUUGGCCACAGCAAAUCCGGCAAGCUCGACGACGAGCCUCGCCUGGACGACGUCUCCGCCGAAGACGCCCCGGCAUACCACACGCAGUACGGCGCGCGCAGCCUCGAUGCCGGCGACCACGAGCUCAUCGACCCGGACUCGGGCGUCAAGCGCGGCCUCAAGAACCGGCACCUGUCCAUGAUGGCGCUCGCAGGCAUCAUCGGGCCCGGCCUGCUGGUUGGCUCGGGGGGUGCUCUCAACAGCGGUGGGCCGGCGUCGCUCAUCAUCGGGUUCGGUGUCAUUGGCAUCAUUGCCUAUUCCGUCAUGCAGUCCCUGGGCGAAAUCACGACUCUGUAUCCCGGCGGAGGCGCAUUCGUCUCGCUGGCUGAGCGCAUGGUCGACAAGUCCUUUUCCGUGGCCGUGGGCUGGAACUACUUCAUCAUCUGGGCCACCGUCCUGGCCAGCGAGUACAACGUCAUCUGCAGCAUCCUCAACUUCUGGGCGCCCAAGGUCCCGCUCUGGGGGUGGUUUCUCAUCCUCUGGACCGUGUUUCUGGCGUUUCAGAUCAUCGGAGGCAUCACGGCCUUUGGCGAGGCAGAGUAUAUCCUGGCGCUGAUCAAGAUCCUCGGGCUCACGGCGUACUUUGUCUUUUCCAUUGUAUAUGCGUCCGGUGGGCUCGUGGGCCAGGACGGGGCCAUUGGCUUUCGCUACUGGCAUGAUCCGGGAGCUUUCAACGGCCAUGGCUUCCGAGGAGUGGCCACUGUGUUUGUCUUUUGCUCGACCUUUUAUGCCGGUGUCGAGUCUGUGGCCGUGGCUGCCACGGAGACGAGAAACCCCGGCGUUGCCGUCCCGCGGGCUAUCCGUCAGGUCUUCUUCCGCAUCAUCUUUGUGUACAUGGGGUCGGCCUUCUUCUUUGGCCUCACGUGCCCGGCUGAUUCCGACGAACUGAUCAACGGAGGUGCCAAGGCGCUGCAGAGCCCCAUGACGAUUGCCAUCCAGAAUGCUGGUUGGAAUGGAGGCGUCCACCUCAUCAACGCCUUCAUCCUCAUUACCUGUCUGUCUGCCGUCAACUCGUCCAUCUACAUCGGCUCCCGCACCGUCCUGUACAUGGCGCAGUCUGGAAAGGCGCCCAAGAUCCUCGGCUGGGUCAACAAGCACGGCGUGCCCGUCUGGGCCAUUGUCCUCACCAACGCCGUCGGCGCCAUCUCCAUGAUGAACGUGUCGACGGGCGCGUCCAAGGCGUACAGCUACAUCAUCAACCUUGCCGGCGUCAGCACGUUCCUGGUCUGGGGCAGCAUCAGCUUCAUCCACAUCCGCUUCCGCCGCGCGUGGACGACGCAGCAGCGCCGGGUGAGCGAUCUGCCGUUCAAGAGCGUGCUGUAUCCCUAUAGCCCGUACUUUGGCGUCUUUGCCAACGUGUUCCUCGCGCUGGUCCAGGGGUGGACGACGCUGUCGCCGUUUGACGCGGGUAAGUUUGUCGAUGCGUACAUAUUGCUGCCGCUGUUUGGAGUCAUCUAUGUGCUGUGCAAGCUGUACUGGAGAGGCGAGGACAGAUUCAAGAGGAGUUGGGACAUUGAUCUGGACAGCGGGCGGAGGAGCGAUCUCGACAAGAGCGACUUUGUGGGGGAUGCGUCUGUCGAGCAGACACAAAAGGUGUCGCUGUGGAACAAAAUUUUGUCGUCUGUGUAG